UAGCACCAUUGAAAUGAACAUUAAGAGAGGCACUGUGAACAUGCACAUUCAGGUUAAUACAGCAGUUCUGCAAACACUUUGUGCAGCAUGUAGAACUUUUACAUUUGUUCUGAAGUAAGUGUAUCAGUGCACUUCAGUGAUAAGCAGUUCAUGUGUUAGGUGCAAUAACAGUACAGUGUUUUAUAUCUGUUUCAGGAUUAAUGUAGAGCACUGUAAAUGAAGCAUUAGUAAAUAUUGCUAUUUUUUUAAAACUAUGUUCUCACAAAUUAUAUUUUUAGAAUAUUUCAAAAGUACUGUAUUGUGUGAACAGAACUUGUUCCUUGUUGUGAUUAAAAUUUAGGCAUUAUACUAACAAAGACAUGAGUUAAGAUAAUCAAAAGCUAUCCCAGAAUUGUCUUCCUCAUGGCGAUCUUUUGUGCAUAAGACAUUUUUUAUUAUCAGAGAGAACAACACGUGUCCUAUUUAUCUCAAAUUAAUUUUUAUGAAGUCUCUCAGCUCCAUUGACUGUUUUAAUGUGAGGUGGGAAUAUUUUAUCAGGUAGCUGUGUGUGUCUAACUGUGGGAAAAUAUGAAAGAAAAGGUCAGGCUUACAAAUGUGAAAUGGAGGAAGACAUUCAUAUGGCUUCAAAUCCAUUCUGUUUGACAAGCAACACGUCUGCGCAGUGUAGUCAAUAAUAUUAACUUCCCUUCCCACCUUGCAAACUCUCCUUCUUACCCCUACCUUUUAACUCCCUCACUCUCUUUUCUUUAUUUCUUUCUGUCCGUCCCUACCCACUCUUUCUUAUUUUCUCACUCCAACAAAAACACACAGUUGGAAGCAUGAGAAACGGCUGAGGGCUGUAACAUCAGUUAACUUCAAGUAAGAAAUAACAGCAGCUGUACUAUGUGACAUUCCUCGAUCUGUGGUGGCAGUGAACUUAAAGCAGACAUAGUGAAGUUUAAUAUAUUGAACAUGAUCAUUUAUUCAUAAACAAGAAUGAUUUUCUGUUUAAGAAACAACAUCUUAUGUACAUAUUCUGUGAUGCAUAUAAUGGUGUACAAAUACAGAGAAUAGCAAGUGAUGUCACAAGACGAUAUGGAAUUAAAACCGUUAGUGGAUAUGACUGAACUUCAGACAUUACGAACAUCAAGCAGCAACUGUGGAUAUUCUAUAAGUGGUCUCCUCAAUUCUCUGUCUGGUGUAACUGGGGAUCCACUUGUUUCAACUACUGUGGGUUUAUUGUCAACAGGACCAAUAGCAGCAUCUUCAGCUUUAAUGGCACCAUUUGGAUCAACCCCUAAACUCACUUACACAGAUUCUCUCUUGGGAUCAUCAUCAAGCUCAUUAGGGGCUCCCAGUGCAAGUGGUUCAUCUGCUGGUCUCUCAUCAGUUUCCACAGAAACUACAGGACCAAUUAGGCCUGUAAAACGAAAGCAGCGUCGGUACAGGACUACAUUUAGCAAUUUUCAGCUUGAAGAACUAGAACGAGCAUUUCACAAAACCCACUAUCCUGAUGUCUUCUUCCGUGAAGAACUGGCCAUGCGUAUUGACUUGACGGAAGCUAGAGUUCAGGUAUGGUUUCAAAAUCGCCGUGCCAAAUGGAGGAAACAGGAAAAGUUAGCAGCAAAGCAGCAUCAGCAACUAAAUCAGUCACAGCUUGUCCAUGGUUCAUCUCUGGUGCAAGGAAUUAUUUCCAUUCCAGUUACAUCAAGCCCCAGCCUCAGUGUUGAAUCUCCUCUGCUUUCUCCUUCUCAGUCUCUUUCAGGAAUGUCAAGCAAUAAUGUUCCGUUUUCAAUUGGUGGUAGCCCACUUGGCCCAUUCAGCCCUGGAGUUGGACCCAGUCUGCCAACUUCUUCGCCAAGUGCAGGUGGCAUCUUCUUUGGUGUGGAGUGGGGAGGCUUUUCCCCAUACCAUCUUUCACAACACAAGUCUACAGAGUCCACUGAACCUGAUGCUGACUUACUGCGGCUUAAACCCUCAAAUAAAGAACAGUCACCUUCAACAUUAUUAACACCUGAAUAAAAACAUCUGUGUGUUAUGCACUUACUGAAAGAGUAUAGCACAUAGAUGAAUUUGUGAUGACUGAGUUUUAAUGCAUUCACAGCGACAGUAAAAAAGUAUGGCGCCCAUGUUAAACUGCAUUCCUGCAAGAGAUAAACGGAUGUGAAAGUAUUUCUUAUGCUGAAAAGAACUCCUUCACGCAUGUUCAGCAAAGAAAUUAGUAAAUAUUACCAGAAGCACUUUCAGAAAUGGGAAAAGUUAGUUUAAUCAAAUAUAAUACGUACAUGGAAUCUAGACAUACUCUCCUUGUGAUUUAUAGCAAAACAUGUUAUUACUGAAAAAUUUUCAUCGUACAACACAGUAAAAGAAUGGGUUCACUACAUAUAUGGUCUAUUGUUUACAAAUUAUUCAGAGAUGCCUGAGAAGUCAGCAUGGUUUGUGGACAAGACACAAUAUCAUGUCAUAUAUGUCUAAAAUGUGUCAGUACUCUUAUCCAAAAUUUUCAUAUGAGGCAAUAACUAGAUAACACAUGUGAGUUCUAUGUUGAACAUAAUAAGGUAAUGGUUUCUUUAAAGAUUGUGUUCAUUUCACUUCACUGUGGGAUGUUUGCACAUUAUGUUACUGAUUUCCUUUUUGUUUUAUGUUCCAUUGAUAAUAAACUUGUGUUAACUCCCAGAACAUUAUGUAACUGAGUCACUAAAAUGUUUGCACUACUAUAAAAAUGAAAAUAUACAGCAAAACAUUUAUAAAGCAAUCCAUGUUUUUAAAUUUCAGCAAGCAAAACUGAUCUGUCUACCACAAACUUACAGUAAGCCAAUAAAACCAGAGUUGAUGCAUGCCAUCAUGAAAAAAACUGUUAAACAGCCAUUCAGUACUUGUAUUACAAGUAAAAAUAUGUGAUGCAUGGUAAUAUACUUUGUAUGAGGAGAUUUUUAUACAGCAGUGGGAACAUAAACAGAAAUACAAUACAAUUUUCCAAAAUUUGUUAUAGGAACCUAUGUAUUCAUAAUGUAGAUAUUGUAUAACUUGCAGUGUUCUCCAGUGUUGUCCAAGUAUUUGGUAAUUCUUCUAGAGAUGUUAUAUUUUUUCUUUCAUUAAUUGCCCUUUUUACAGGUUCAUUGAUUAUCUUGUGCACCAUUGAAAAAUAGUAGUUCUUAUAAACAGAUAUUCCUUGUGUAUUUCUGGCAGUGAGAUACAGCUGUACAUGAAAGAAUAAUAAAAUGGCAAAGUAAAGAAAA